AUGUUAACGACUCUUCUGAACCUACUAGUCUUAGUUAUACCUCUGCUAGGUAGUAUUGCUUUUAUGACUCUGGCUGAACGCAAGGUGAUGGGCUCGAUGCAGAGACGUCUAGGCCCUACGGAGGUGGGAUUUAUUGGAUUAUUACAGCCCGUGGUAGAUGGGGUUAAACUGCUUCUAAAGGAGGCUGUCAUUCCGAGCCUGGCAAUCAAGCCCCUAUUCUUAUUGGCCCCUUUUAUCACCUUGACCCUUAGCAUUUUGGCUUGGGUAGCCAUCCCAUUUGCCAAGGGUUCAGUCGUAGCCGAUUUCUCCCUAGCACUCCUAUUCCUAAUGGCCGUUAGCUCAUUAGCUGUCUAUGGGGUGCUGCUAGCCGGUUGGUCUGCUAACUCUAAAUUCGCUUUCCUAGGUUCCUUAAGAUCAACUGCUCAGCUUGUAAGCUAUGAACUUCCAUUUGCAACAGUGAUUUUAAUAGUAGCGUUGCUAUUAGGUUCGCUGAGCCUCAUUCAAAUCGUCGAAGCUCAGCAAAGUAUUUGGCUUCUCGUGCCUCUUCUGCCUCUAGCUCUAAUUUGGCUUAUUGUUAUCUUGGGUGAGACGAAUCGUACGCCUUUUGAUCUGCCUGAGGCAGAAUCAGAGUUGGUCCAAGGGUUCAUGGUAGAACACUCUGCAUUGCCCUUCGCAUUCUUCUUUCUAGGCGAUCUUCAACAAGAACAGCUACGGUUACAAAGAGCUCAAAUGGAACUACAAUCACGUCAAACUAUACCAGCUUAUAAUCCUAAUAUUUCUUCUGAAAUUCAGUUAGAGCAAGCUCGAAUGCAACGUAUAUCACUUGAGCGUAAUGUACCUAUAUCUCAACCAUCAACUUCAGCUCCAAGUGUUAGUACUCCAGUAGAGCAAACUCCUACUGUUACUCCUUCACAGCCGACUGUAACAUUAUUCUUGGGUUACCACAAACCAUCUUAUGAGCUUGGCCUUUACUCGGUUCCGGCUACGCCGACGGCCCCCACACACCAGCCCCAGGAUGCGGCUUUUGUCACAGGGUGCCUGCACCCCCGAAGCCGACCCGCCAACCCAUUGGCUCAUGCUUUUACUUAUUUAGGGCUGGCCACUGCGGGAGGAUGGAU